CGCUACAGCCCUGGCUGCACCUGGAACUCGAAGACCCCGUUCCAUUUUCGUGGGCAGGCAGAGGGCCCGCCGGACCGCCGGAGGCCAGAGCCUAGAGGCGCUCGGUUCGCUCACUCUUCCAGUCCUCCUCGGUUCCUCCCAUCUCCUCUUCGUCCGGAUUCGAUUUCUGCCAUUCCUAUCCAGAAAUCUCCGCUCGAUUAUUGCUAGUAUUGCUUUCCUGCCACAACCUCGAUGCUUCCUAUGAUUUGCGGAUCCAAGAUCCAUGGCUCCUUCACUCACCAAUUCUUUACGAUGCAGCUGACCUCACCCGAGCUACUCCUGUUCGACGAAAUGCCCCCAUGAGCCCCAAGGCCAGAACCCAGUCCAGCAGCAAUGCGCGCAUGGUCACGGAGCACGAGGUCCUGUCCUGGCGGCUUUGGGUGGGCCCUGGCUCUCUUCCGAACCGAAUCGUGGCCCGCACGGGUCCUACCUGCCAGCUGGCGAGCGAUGCAGCAACCGACCUGCGCCGCUUGCCUUGAAAUGGCCCCGCCUCGGCUAACCGUCGCAAACAACACCUGCUCUGCUCUGCUCUGCUGCUCUUCUUCCCUCUCCCUCCUUCCCCUCUCAACAGCGCCAAUCCACUCGCCCACCGCGGCACCGCCGCCACCACCACCACCCGCCGGCCGGGAUGAACCGCUUCCCCGACGGGACGCACGUGUGGCUGCGGAGCCGGGCGCGGCGCGGGUACUACGUCCACGCCGAUGAGGACGGGUCCGGCGUCUCCCUCAGCACGGACCGCGCGACGCUGAACGCGGCGUGGCGGGUGCACCGGAUCGUGCGCCAGGGCGUCACCUACAUCCUCCUCCGGUGCGCCGCGUACGGCCGCUACCUCGCGCUCUCGGCGUCCUUGGCAAGGGACGGCCACCGCGGCCGCGAAGCCGCCCAGAGCGACUUCAGCGAGCCACAGCAGCUCAACGUUAGGUGGAGGGCCGUCUUCGAGCCGGAUGGCAGCGGCGACGUCCUCCUGUUCUGCAGCUUGGGGGUGGGCGAAGAACGCUACCUCCGCGCCAACGGCAGGUACCGCCGCUGGAACAACGGCGUCACCGUCGAUGUCCUUGGCAGCGGGAGCACGAUGAUGCAUUGGACGGUCGUGCAGAUCCCCCUGAGACCAGCGCCGCCUGCCCUUCCAAAACCAUCUACGGAUCUGGGAGUCCCCACUGGCCUGUUACAGCGGCGCACUGGGCCCGUGAUGGAUCGACAGCGGACGAUCCGGUACAUGCGGGCAAAUGAUAAGGACAAACUCCUCGGCACGGAGACAUUCAGUUUCUUGGGGCGGUCUGUGUUCAACCUGACGAACGAGGUGGCGAAGAAAGUGGGCUUGGACAUGUCCACAAUCACACUGUGCGUGCAUGCUGGCUUCCAUGGGCGGCUGACCCCUCUGGUCGUUGACCUGCCUCGCAACGAAGACCCUUUGGACCUCGUUGUCCUCCCCAACAGUUCACCAGCUGCUAUGGGAUUGCGGCACCCAAAUGUGGAUGCGCCUGAACCCGCACCCAGCAUAUAGGAGCAGGACUGAUGACAGCAUCUUCGUGGUUGAACUCUCAGAUACAGCGACAUGAGAAUAGGUCUUUGUUUCUUGGUUCAUAUAGUUUCAGAGAAAACACAACAGCUCUUCUGGUUUCUGGUAGUUUUGUUGGAGGCAUUCUCCUGACUGAAAGCAGUUGAUCUUGCCCAUUCAGUUUUAGUACUCACAAAUUGAUCCAGUUACUAUCUUCAUCUCUGUUACUGUUUGGAUGGAGUUAGUGCUUGAACGAUAUUGCACAGUGGCGUUGGUUGUACUUAGCAUCUUCAUCUCUAUUGGGUGAUAAUACACAUUUUGAUGGCUGAUCGCCUGAUCCAGUUACUAUCUUCAUCUCUGUUACUAUUUUUUUUACAUAUAGAAAUGUUAGUGUGCACACAACGCCUGAUCGCGGCCUGCAAGGAAUCUGCUCGCUCCUGGAUCACCAGAAUACCAUGUAGGAACAUAGCUCUGAUCGCCCUCUGGAGAAACUCUUUUGAUAUGUAAUAGCUUA